AUGGAGACGACGAGCUCCUUCUCCCGAAGCCGCCCCCCACCUCUUCCCUCGCCCAAAACCCUAGCAUCACCCCGACCCCUCGACUCCGAUCUCCUCCCCUCUCGUAACCCCCAACUCCUCCGCCGCCGCCGCAUCCGGAACCCCGCGCUCCCCGGCGCCUCCACCGCCGCCGCCCCCUUCGGCGGGCGGAGGAGCCGGCCGUCGGAGAGGCGGCGCCUAGGUGCCGAUGGCGCCGGUGGCGGAGAUGAGGGGGUUCGGUUGGGUNCCGGAGAGGCGGCGCCUAGGGUUUCAGCGAGGAAGCUCGCCGCUGCCAUUUGGCAUCUGCGGCCUCCGGAGGUGGUGGUCGGUAGUGCCGAUGGCGCCGGUGGCGGAGAUGAGGGGGUUCGGUUGGGUAUUGAGCCUGCUGCUGGGCAUCUCCAAAUCCAACUUCUUCAUAAACCCAAUAACACAGCCUUUCACUAUAGCUUGAAAAAUGAGAUUUCGAGCCCCAUUUCAGUUCUAGAUCCAAAGAAUGGCGACUUUCACAAGAUGCAGCUCAAAGCUUCCACUCCCUUACCAGCCUCUGCAAUGGAGAAGGCAACUAAAUGGGACCCUGAUAGCUUAACAGUAAAGCCAUUAGAUAAUGCUUACCAAUUAGCUUGCAAACUGAAUCUUCUAGAAGAUCACGAAUCUAAAAGCUUUAUUUCUACUCUACAACUUGAACUUCAACAGGCUCGUGCUCGGGUAAAUGGGCUCGAGCUUGAGCGGCAGUCGGCUAAGAAGAAGCUUGACCAAUUCCUAAAGAAGCUCUCAGAGGAGAAAGCAGCUUGGCGGAGCAGAGAGCAUGAAAAAGUCCGAGCUAUAAUAGAUGGCAUGAAGGGAGACCUUAGUAGAGAGAGAAAGAACAGGCAUCGGCUCGAGAUCAUCAACUCUAAGCUGAUUAAUGAACUUAGUGAGGCCAAAUUAUCUGCAAAGAGGCUUCUUCAAGACUAUGACAAAGAAAGAAAGGCGCGCGAGCUGAUUGAAGAGGUUUGUGAUGAGCUGGCGAAGGAGAUAGAGGAAGAUAAAGUUGAGGUAGAAAUUCUUAAGAGGGAGACUGCGAAGAUUAGAGAGGAAGUUGAUGAGGAAAGAAGGAUGUUACAAAUGGCUGAGGUAUGGCGGGAGGAGAGAGUUCAGAUGAAGCUUAUCGAUGCAAAGUUGACUCUUGAGUGUAAGUAUUCUCAGUUAAUUAAACUUCAACAAGAAAUAGAGGCUUUUCUUAGAGAAUAUGGAUGGAAAGAUAAGAAAGAUGCUGUAGUAAAAAAAGCAGAUCAUUUGAAGGAUGCAAUUGAUUCGGUUAAGGUUGAAGAGAUUGAAGAGUUCACUUAUGAGCCGCCUCCUGAAUCCGAGGAUAUACUCUCUGUAUUUGAGGAGCUCCAUCCAAGAGAAGAAGAAGAACAAGAAGAGUACGAGAAAGAGAUUGAACCAUGCUAUGGGUCUAGUUCAGCACUUCGUGAAUCAGAAAUUCAUGAAGUAGCAAGCCCCGAGACCGAUUUGUUUCUGGAAAAUUCUGGGAAGUUGUUUGGAAGUAAACUAGUGCAUAACAAGAGCGAGAUUGAUGAUGGUAGUAGCUGGGAAACAAUUAGUCACGAAGAGGAGCAGGGCUCAAGUACUUCACCUGGAGGGAGUGAACCAUCUGUUAAUAAGUUUUGCGAAGAAAGUAAUGCUUCCUUAAGCGUGGAUGAUUGGGAGGAGAAUCAGAAAGAUAGCAAGCUAAAUACUGAGAUUGGUGAAAAUUGUUGUACGAAUAUGAAAAAGUCAAGGAAAAAAGAUAUUUCUAUAUCUAGGCUGUGGAGAUCAUCGUACUCAAAUAAUGGUGACCAUUGCAAGAGAAAUUCUGUUGAGAUAACAAAUGGAAGGCCUUCUAAUGGGGGGAUCUCGAACGGGAUAUGUUCUCCUGAAGGAGGGAUAGAUGAAGUAGGUCGGAGUCCGCGAAGCAUAGGGCAUUGGAAUCCUCCUGAUUCAGUGAGCCAACAUUUCUCUCGAGGAAUCAAAGGAUGUAUCGAGUGGCCGCGAGGAGCCCAGAAGCACAGCUUGAAGGCCAAACUUCUUGAGGCGAGGAUGGAGAGCCAGAAGAUUCAGCUGCGCCAUGUACUCAAGCAAAAAAUUUAGCGUGAUAAACAUUUCUCAGAGCCUAGAAAUCGAACUUCAUAACGAGAUUUGAUCUUUAUAGACCAAAUUUGAGAAUCAAGAGAAAAAUAAAAAUUGUGAAAGCACACUAUGCAAUCAAAGCGCACAAUUCAGUCUGCAGUGUGGUGGCUGAGGAAUUUAAAGACGCAAUUUGCCUCGUUGGCUUUCAUUAUCUGUUGCUCCUGGUAACUUACUCUUUACAUUGAUGCUUAUAUUCUCCUGUCUAUUGGUAGAAUCCUUAUCAGAAUGUAGCCGGACCAUGUAUGCAGCUUCCACAUUGUGUAACAUUGAAGAAUGUUUUUAUACUUUCUUAGUAAGAGUUUUAGCUUUGUCAACUUAUUAACCA